AUGGCUUUCGGUUCAGUGCUGCAACAUAACCAACACAACAUAGGUCGAGGUGAGCCGCCAUCCGGGGUAGCGGACCCGUGCGCCGGAUGUAACAAGCCGAUCCUAGACAAAUUUCUAUUGAACGUGUUGGAGCGAGGCUGGCAUGCGGCGUGUGUGCGAUGUUGCGAGUGUCACCAGCCUCUGUCCGAUAAGUGCUUCAGUAGAGAAUCGAAGCUCUAUUGUAGGAAUGACUUUUUUAGACGAUAUGGUACAAAGUGCAGUGGUUGUGGCCAAGGCAUCGCGCCUUCGGAUCUAGUGCGAAAACCGCGUGAUAAAGUGUUUCAUUUAAAUUGUUUUACGUGUUGUAUUUGUAGAAAACAGUUGAGUACUGGUGAACAGUUAUAUGUUUUAGAUGACAAUAAAUUUAUUUGCAAGGAUGACUAUCUGCUCGGUAAAGGCCCACAUCCAUCAUCGAUGACAGAUUCUCUGAUGGGUUCAGGAUCGGAAGAUGAAGACGAGGAUGAGCACAUAAGGCCUGGCUUAGGAUUAGUACCACUUGGACCAAACGAUGGACCCCUCGGAACGUCAGAUCUAUCUGUGCAAAGUAUGAGUACAGACAGCAAGACAGGUCAUGAUGAUAGUGACCAAGGUUCAUUGGACGGUGACCCGGAUUGUCGGGGGGAUUCGCAAGCCGAGAACAAAAGUCCCGAUGAUGGUGCAGGCUCAAAACGGAGGGGUCCCCGAACAACAAUCAAAGCCAAACAGCUAGAAGUUUUAAAAACUGCAUUUAGCCAAACUCCCAAACCAACCAGGCAUAUUAGGGAACAGUUAGCCAAGGAAACUGGACUGCCAAUGAGAGUGAUACAGGUUUGGUUCCAGAAUAAACGAUCGAAAGAACGAAGGUUAAAGCAACUUACUAGCAUGGGGCGAGGACCAUUUUUCGGUGGAGCCCGAAAGAUGCGUGGUUUUCCAAUGAACCUUUCGCCGGGUGGACUGGAUGAGCCUGGAUUUCCGUAUUUUGCAGCCGACGGUAAAUUUGACUUCGGUUAUGGAGGUCCACCCUUUCACCCGCACGAUGCGCCCUUCUUCCCUGGCCAUCCCGGCGCAGGACCGAUGCCUUUCAAUGCUCCUGGAGGACCCAUGGACCACUCCGGACCGAUCCCCAUGGUGAGCGAUUUUGGCGGGAUGACACCGGAAACAAAUUUUCUCAACCAACCCAACGGCCCACCGGGAAACGCCGGAGCCGGGGGUCCACCUGAGAACAUGAUCGGGGGCCCCCGGCCAGGCAGUCCCGAAUUCAUGACCUCCGGCAAUUUUUCCGAACCUCAGAAUAUGCAAAACGAAGGACUAGUUUGGUAA